GAUUUUCACUUUGAGACAACAGACCCAGUGCAGUGAAUUUAUUUGGUUUUCCCGAUUAGCCUCCGUGAAUAUUAGCGACUACAACUGGAAGAUCAAAGAAUUUAAACGCUGAUGAGAGUUUUGGCAAAAAGUGCAACUCGAAUAAAUGCGUCCAACUGCUGCUGGACUUCAGAGGCUAUUAAAACACGCACAGCACGGCCGGUGUAGCAUGGCCACGCUGCACUGUCAAAACAAAGGAAUAACUGACUAAUAAGAAACCAAUCAACAGGAUCAUCAUCGUCAGGAUCGAUCGGCAGGCUGAUUGAGGAGUCCACCUCAAGCCUCUAAACUGGAUUGCGAGCAUCGAUUAACGGAUUUGACUGAUCACCUUUCUAACAGCCUCAGAGGGAGAAGAUGCCGUUCCACCAUGUGACGGCAGGCCUGCUCUACAAGGGGAACUACCUGAGCCGCUCGCUCUCUGACAGUGACAGUGAUGUGCUGGCCAGCAUCUCUGUCGAGGAGCUCGAUGAGAUCAGAGAGGCGUUUAAGGUGCUGGAUCGUGACGGAAACGGGUUCAUUUCCAAACAGGAGCUCGGUAUGGCCAUGAGAUCUCUGGGUUACAUGCCCAGUGAGGUGGAGCUGGCCAUUAUCAUGCAGAGACUAGACAUGGAUGGGGACGGGCAGGUUGAUUUUGAAGAGUUCAUGACGAUUCUUGGUCCCAAGCUCCUCUCCUCUGAAACAAGGGAAGGCUUCCUGGGCAGCACAAUAGAUACCAUCUUCUGGCAGUUCGACAUGCAGAGAAUCACCCUGGAGGAGCUGAAACACAUCCUGUUCUACGCCUUCCGUGACCACCUCACCAUGAAGGACAUUGAGAACAUCAUCAUCAAUGAGGAAGAAAGCCUAAAGGAGAACUCUGGGAACUGUCAGACAGAGUUUGAGGGAGUUCACCCCUCAAAGAAGAACCGCCAGACGUGCGUGCGGAAGAGCCUCAUCUGCGCCUUUGCCAUGGCAUUCAUUAUCAGCGUCAUGCUCAUCGCAGCCAAUCAGAUGCUGAGGAAUGGCAUGGAGUAGCUGUGCCCACUGUGAGCUGGAAACAAGCCAGCCUGCAUGUGCAUGCCAGUGGGUGAGGCCAAUAUCCCCGUUGAUAGGAAAAGAACUGCAAGGAGUACCGCUCGA